UAUAUAUUUGGCUUUGCCAACACAGUGAUCAUACGUGGCUAGCAAAUUAAAUAGCACUUCAUCAACCACAGCAAGAAUCAAUUCCACAGCCAACAACUUACCAGAGCAAAAUGUCCAUCUCACUCCCCAGUUCGUACGAAACCCUUGAUACCACACAUAUUAAAGUAUCGCACCAUCCAGCUGGGUCUCCAACAGUCACACCCGUUGUCGUUGUUACACUGAACCGGCCCGAGAAACAAAAUGCCUACACAGAGCAGAUGGGCAGCUCCCUGCAACACGUUUUCCAGCUGUUUGAUGUCGACAGCCGGGUCAAGGUAAUUGUGUUGACUGGUGCGGGGAAGACGUUUUGUGCUGGCGCCGAUUUGGAGAUUGGAUUUAAUGGAGUCCGCGGGAGGAUCAUGGACCACCGGGAUAGUGGUGGUCGGAUUACGUUGGCUAUACAUAGAUGUCGCAAGCCGACCAUUUUCGCGAUGCAGGGGUCGGCGGUGGGAGUGGGUAUGACCAUGUCUCUUCCAGCUACCAUUAGAAUUGCCCACGAGAAGAGCAAAUAUGGCUUUGUAUUCGGUAGAAGAGGCAUCACCAUGGAAUCUGCUUCCUCGUAUUUCCUGCCACGUCUGAUCGGAUAUUCUCGUGCCAUGUAUCUUGUCUCCACGGGCGCAGUCCUCCCACCCACUUCCAAGCACUUUGGGUCUUUAUUCUCCGAAACGCUGCCCGAAGCCUCGCAGGUUCUGCCACGGGCAUUGGCGUUGGCGACCGAUAUGGCGGAAAAUGUGAGCCCGCUCGCGUCCUCGUUGAAUCGGGAUCUGAUGUGGAGAGGUCCUGACUCGCCUGAGGAGGCACACUUGUUAGAUUCGGGGAUUCUGCUUCAUAUGUUCCAGGGAAGGGACCAGAGAGAAGGCGUGGCGGCGUUCCUCGAGAAACGCAAGGCCAAAUUCCAGGCGAAUUUUGAUGAAGACGCCCCAGUGAUUUAUCCAUGGUGGAAAGAAACACAUAUUGAUGCCCGGCCUAAGGCUGCGAGGGCAUCGAAGCUGUAGAUGAUAUCCAUGAUAGUUAUGAAUGUUAAUGUGAAUCAACAAGUCGCAUCAGCCCGACUUUGCGAUAAGAACGAAGAAGCCCGUGUUUCUGUCGCAACACUUUGAC